CUAGGAACUAGUGGAUGAACGCUGGAGAUAAAACCACAGAACGGGAAAUGAUUUGUUGAAAGCUAUAUGUAUAUAUAGCUAUAUGUUUUCUAUAUUCACUUUCGAAUAUAGUUCACAUAAACUGUCGUCUACUGUUUACACUGUAUUGUGCACCUUGAUUUCAGGAAAGCCAGCCUGCUAAACAGAUUGGUAGUGCAUUAGAGGAUUUAGGCAUCUUUUUUUCCUGAUGUCUGCUGAAGCCUCCAGUGAAAGUGUGGUGUUGGGGCCCGAUCCUGCCCCUUCGGCACCUAGUCAUGGAAUAGAGGAGAAGGCUGGGAGAGGUCUGGCUGGCAGUAAGUAUGUAAAGUUGAAUGUGGGUGGCUCCAUCCACUACACCACAGUCCAGACACUCAGCAAAGAGGACAGUCUGCUCAAGAGUAUGUGUGAUGGAAGCGUGGAUGUCACCAUAGACUCAGAAGGCUGGGUGGUGCUGGACAGGUGUGGGCGCCACUUCCCCCUGGUGCUGAACUUCCUGCGGGAUGGGACAGUGCCACUCCCUGAGAGCCAGAGGGAGCUGGAGGAGGUGCUGAAGGAGGCACAGUACUACAGACUGCAGGGGCUAGUCCAGCACUGCCUCACCACCUUACAGAAACGCAGUGAGUUCUAUGAGGGAGGCUGCCGCAUCCCCAUGAUCACAUCUGCUAAAGAGGAGCAGAGGAUGAUUGCCACCUGCAGGAAGCCUGUGGUGAAAUUGCAGAAUAACAGAGCGAACAAUAAGUAUUCAUACACCAGUAACUCUGAUGACAACUUACUGAGGAACAUUGAGCUGUUUGAUAAGCUAGGCCUGCGCUUUAAUGGCAGAGUGCUCUUCAUUAAAGACGUGCUUGGGGAUGAAAUCUGCUGCUGGUCUUUCUAUGGUGAAGGGCGCAAGAUUGCAGAAGUAUGCUGUACCUCCAUCGUCUAUGCCACCGAAAAGAAACAGACAAAAGUUGAGUUUCCAGAAGCUCGCAUCUUUGAAGAAACUCUGAAUAUUUUAAUUUAUGAGAAUGGGCGGGUUUCUGGUUCCGGAAGCAUGGCUCUAUGGGAUUCAAGUGGUGUCUCGUCUCCUAGUGUGGGCCAGUCGGAGGAGAGCGGGGCUGGUGUUGGGGGUGGAGACAGAAGGGUGAGGAGGAUCCAUGUACGGAGACAUAUUAUGCAUGAUGAGAGGGGCCAUGGACAGCAGACUGUGUAUAAGGACUGAAAGUGAGGGAUGGCCUAAAGGUACUAGCUAUGACUGGAAAUUUGUGAAUAAAUAACAUAGUGGGACUUAAAACAAAGCUGGAUGGAUGAAUGGAGUGGAGGUGGGAGUCAGUCUUUGGUAUUUCAACACUGCACUGUAGGGUGAGGUGGGAACUUGUACAUGCUUAGAAAUGAUCCCUAAAGAGCCACAGUGUGGUUCUGUUUAUUUUGUCUGUUUGUCUGCUUUUAUUGUUUUUUUUUUUAAUUUAUUAUCUCUUAAUUUAUCUUCCAGAAUGUUUCAUUUUUAAGAAUAUGGAAUAUGCUAUUGCUAUCUAUCUUUGUGGCAUGGCUGGUGGUCUUUUUGAACAAGAUCUUUUGAUGCCUAAUGGUUAACUGUGAUGUUCUUGUAUGCAGGUGUGUGUUGAGUGAUCCCUGCAGAGAGGUACUUAGAAGCGACUUAUAUUUGACUGAUAUGUGUAUUCUAGACUCUAUGCCAUCCUGAACCUGUUUUCCCGAAAGUAUACACAGCACAAGUGAUCAUAAGGUGACUGAGAAAUUAUUCAAACUGAUAGCUGUUCUACACUCGGUAAACAUCAUUCAGUUAAUUAGAUCAUCUUUCUAAAGAUGUGGUACGAAUUCACUGGUCAUCAAGUAAGGUUUCUGUAAAUGCUAUUGAGGUUCUUAUUUUGGGCCUGUCUGUGGUUCCAACCACCAGCCAGGUAUUGCAGAUUAUUCCAACCAGCUUCUUUUUUCUUUUUUUUUUUAAACAUACAUGCCGAUAGGGUAUAAAUAUCAGCCAGACACCAAGCACACGCCCAGUCAAUAACAUGAACAUGUUUCCUUGUUUGGUAAAUGCUGACAAACAUAAUUAUUCAGAGAAGCAUCCAGAAUAUUUUCUCACCAAAGCUGUAGGAAACCGAAAAUGGUACUUUCUUUUGUCAUUCAUGCAGAGGUCUAUAAAUUCAGGGAUAAAAGAUGGCAUGCAAAAUUGCAGAUGCUGUUGAGUAUCUUCAAUAAGAAAUUGCCAUUUACUUUUUCCAAAGUGGGUAUAUGAGGGUACUUUUUAAUCAAUUCUAUAGAUGUUUACUUUUGUUAAUAUACAGACAUUUACUCUGUUGUACUUUGGUGAUAAUUCAGAAACUGUUUGUGUCUUAAAAGCUAAAAGGAACAUCUGCUAUGGAGUCAACAUGCACAUCAAGUAACAAGGGUUUUGUGACCACAGUCGUAUUGACAGGACUGUAGGCAAACAAGUUAAUUUAUGUGUAUAUGACAUUGACUAUUACUGAUAACAUGGAUGGCCAACUGUUAGUCUGCUAAUCUGUCACACUGCUAUAAUUAGGAUUUAUAAUAACUGUUGCACUUGAUCACUGUCAUUUCGUUAGUCUUAUAAAAAUCGUUUUUACUGACCAAUAAAACACCAAUGUAAUUCUCAAAGGUUCAAAAUACAUUAUUAAUCUGCAGUAUUAUCAAAUAUUUUACACCACUUUUAAGGUAUGUUGGAAGUUAAUAUUUCUGGUAUUAAGAUGUCCAAAAUAUAUAUUGCUUAAACAUGUUCAUUAAUAAAAUGCUUUUUACUAAUU